AUGACUUUCUAUUUCACUGGUAUUCGAAGCUUUCCUAAACUUUGGAAGAGCAACCCAUACCUUGGGCUAGGCCCAGGUCGCUCUUCUCUCUCUCUCUUUCUCAAAGACUGUUAUGGCAUCAGGAACCAAGAGAAGUGGUUUUCUCUUAAAACGGUGUCUCCACAAAAUACCAAAGCAAUGAAUCUGCUGAUUGCCAAAGCCAGAUAUGUCAGGAAAAAAGAUGAGGGCAGUAGUAAGCAAGUUUCUGCUGAUUCUCCUCACAUGUUCGCAGCUGGAGCAGCUAAGAAGAGAUCACAGAUGAAUCCUCCGAGUAAAGAGCACGUCUUGCCACCUGUGAAGAACAUUUUUCAACUCCCAACAAAACCUUUGAAUUCAGAGGAGUGGGAUAAACUGAAGGAAGAAUUCAAAGAAAAGGCUAACUUUGAAAAUUGGAUCAUUUCACAGAUGGUUAAAUGCCAUAGCUCUGUCGAUGUGGCCAAAUCUGUGCUGGCCUGGGUAGCUGCAAAAAACAAUGGUAUUGUAGGCUAUGAGUUGCUGGUCAAGUAUUUGUGUCUCUGCGUUUUUCAUAAGCAGACAUCAGAAAUUAUUGAUGUCUAUGAAAUCAUGAAAGCCAGAUACAAGCGUUUAGAAUCUGGAGCGUACACUCUUCUCAUCCGGGGAUUAAUCCAUACAGACAGAUGGAGAGAGGCCUUGCUGCUGUUAGAGGACAUCAAAAAAGUCAUGAUUCCUUCAAAAAAGAACUAUAAUGACUGUAUCCAGGGAGCCCUCUUUCAUCAAGAUGUAAAUGUAGCUUGGAAUUUGUAUCAGGAGUUGUUAGGUCAUGAUACUGUUCCUAUGUUGGAAACAUUAAAAGCCUUCUUUGAUUUUGGAAAAGACAUGAAAGGUGAUCAGUAUUCAAACAAACUGCAAGACAUUCUUUUGUAUCUAAGAAAUAAUCAGCUCUAUCCUGGGGAGUCAUUUGCACACAGUAUAAAAACAUGGUUUGAAAGUGUUCCUGGAGAACAAUGGAAAGGACAGUUCACCACAGUCCAGCAAAGUGGUCAGUGUUUGGGCUGUGGAAAAACUGUAGAGUCUAUUCACCUGAGUUCAGAAGAGUAUGACUUUCUCAAGGAAAAAAUAAUGAGGGAUGUGAUAGAUGGAGGUGACCAGUACAAAAAGACGACACCUCAGGAACUUAAGAGAUUUCAGAACUUUGUAAAAUACCAUCCUCCUUUUGAUAUUGUCAUUGAUGGGCUCAAUGUUGCCAAAAUGUUUCCUAAAGCUCGUGAAUCUCAAGUUCUCCUGGAUGUGGUCUCUCAACUAGCCAAGCAGAAUCUUCAAGUGCUGGUCCUGGGCCGGAAGCAUAUGUUAAAGCAGAAUUCCCGGUGGAGGAAGGAUGAUAUGGAAAAGGUGCAAAAGCAAGCCAGCUUUUUUUUUGCUGACAACAUCUCAGAGGACGAUCCAUUCCUUCUGUAUGCCACACUGCACUCGGGGGACCACUGCAAGUUUAUCACAAAAGAUCUGAUGCGGGACCACAAGGCCUGUCUGCCUGAUGCCAAGACCCAACGCCUGUUCUUUAAGUGGCAGCAGGGACAUCAACUGGCAAUUGUUAGUAGGCAUCCGGGAUCCAAAAUAACUUUUCAGCAUAUUCUCAUCUAUGACACCGUGGUGCAAACAACGGGAGACUCGUGGCACAUACCUUAUGAUGACGACCUGGUGGAAAGAUAUGCCUACGAAGUGCCAACCAAAUGGCUUUGCCUUCACCGGAAGACAUAA